GAGCGCAAUGUGUAAGUCACUGGCAGUAGACGAUCGUUUAACACAGAGAGUGGAGAGUUGGUAGAUAGAGUGUGCGUUGGAUCGUUUUUUUAAGAGGGAAAAGUUCGAGAUUAAUUUAAAUUUAAGUGAAAUGUGUUCAGUAUGACAUCGACGACAACAAUCAGGAAAUCGUACGGCAACAGGAAGAUUUACGUGUUCCCGGAGGAUUACCCUUAUCGCGCAAACAAAGCCAAAAAUUUGAAUCAGCCAAAAAAGCACGAAGAAGUGAACAAACUAGUCAAGUAUAUCGACGACAAUGUGGUUGGGAAAAGUAACGCUUUCCUGGGACCUUUCGGACGCAGAAAAGUUGUUUUUUGCGACUAUGCCGCUUCCGGUAGAUCGCUUCAGUUCAUAGAAGAGUAUAUUUUAAGAGAAGUACUGCCAACCUAUGGGAAUACACAUUACACAACUAGUAUUUCGUCGCUGCAAAGUACACUGUUUAGACAAGAAGCAAGAGAUAUAGUAAGGAACGCUGUUAACGCGUCGGAAGAGGACGCGGUGAUUUUUUCCGGGCACGGUUGCAGAGACGCCCUGGAAAAAUUAAUAAACGCUCUGGAUUUAAGGGAACCUCCUGUAGUUUUUAUCGGGGCCAGCGAACAUCUAGACAAUCUACAACUAUGGCAAAAGACUGAUGCUCAGAUGGUGCGAAUUUCCGAGACCAAAGACGGCAUUCUAGACCUGGCAGACUUGGAAAACCAGCUAAGGUUCUAUCAAAAUUCCGGAAAGCAAUUAAUCGGUUGUUUUUCGAUAGCCAGCAGCGUUACGGGCAUAAUUAUCGACGACAUAGCCUGCACGAUUUUGCUGCACCAAUAUGGCGCCCUGGCUUUUUGGGAUUUCAACAUGGGCGCGCCCAACAUCAACAUCGACAUGAACCCCAUUGUGCCGGGCGUGGAAGAGAAUUCGGCCAAUAAAGAUGCGAUUUACUUUUCCGGGCACAAGUUCAUAGGAGGCGUGCAGACGCCCGGUAUAUUAAUAUCCAAAAAGUCCGUGUUCAGGCGGUUGAGUCUGUGCGAUCCCGACGGGUUUUUCGCCAGCCAAGAGCACAAUAGAACCUUUGAGCUACGUGAAGAAGGCACUUGUGCAGCCAUAGUGGAGUCCAUAAGAGCUGGUUUGGUGAUGCAGUUAAAGGAAACUGUUUCAGUUUCAAAUAUUAUUCAAAGGCAGGAAAAGAUAAACAAGCAAAUGCUGCAACAUAUAAGAACCAUCCCAGAAAUCAUUUUAUUGGGAAACAACUCCCAGACCAUCAAAAGAAUCCCGGUUUUCUCCUUCAUGGUGAAACACCCCAGAGGAACGUUUCUGCACCACAACUUCAUAUGCGCCGUUUUAAACGACGUUUUCGGUAUACAGGCGAGAGCUGGCUGCCCGUGUUCAGGCGCGUACGCUCAAGAACUGCUCGGCAUAGACCAAAGUUUGGCCGACCAGUACGAGAGCAUCAUCCUGGAGGAUCGCAGGUUGAGCAGCUUGAAUCUGGGCGUCGAGAAUUCGUCUUUGGAGCUGUUGAGGCCCGGUUUCACGAGAAUAAGUCUUCCGUAUUUUAUCAACGAUGCGGAGCUGGCUUUCGUGAUGGAAGCCAUGAAGAUGGUGGCCACCGAAGGGUGGAAGUUGCUGCCGCAAUAUGUGGUGGAUUUGGAGACGGGCGAAUGGAGGCACCAUUCUAACGCCGUGUCCAAGGAUAGAAAGUGGCUGAGCCAAAUCAGAUACGUGGAUGGAAAAAUGACUAUGAACGAGAGACGCAUCUCGGGGCCUGGAUUGUUCCCACAAAGUUACUCCGAAAGUCUGCAGACAGCGAGAAAUCUGUUCAAUAGAGCGAGAAAAACGGCCAAUAGAAUACCAUAUCACGAUCAAGGUAUAACCUUCGAUGCCAGAAGCGAAAAUUUCAGAUGGUUUUUGUUGCAACACGAAGCUCAAAGUUUACUGACAUCGAACGCUCAAAAUGUGAAGCAAAAAACCCCUUUCGACCCCAUAGGAGGUGUAAGCAGUCGAAAAUCCGACACCACAGACAAAAGUCACCAAAUUCAGCCAUGCGGCUCGCCGAGACAUUACAGUUUACCUUCCAUAGACGAUCCGAAGGUUAUGACGUCCAGUUCCCCAGUGCCAUAUUUUCUCCACGACGUAAACGGGUUGUACUACCCGCACAUGACGCAACAAAGUAUAAACUUCGCGGUGGGCGAGUCGGUGAACUCGCAAAUGCAGCAAAACUUCGCCAGGGAGCGCUGCCUGUCGCUCGGGGCGCCGAACAUAUCUCCGCCGGUUUUGAGCCCGCAAACCAGAGCCAGCUUGGGCAUGAACAGCGCGCAAACGACGCGGCAGAGGCAGUACAGCUGCAGCAGUCAGAGCGAGCUGCACUCUUUGGAAAGCGACGCGAAUCUCUCCCCCACGCACAGCCUCAACAUUUUGUACAGCAGCACUCACGAGUUGGGUAGGUCUUCACCUGCCCCCGACCUGCAAACGUACGUCCAGGAAAUGACGAAGGAGAUCGCUACCAACAUCAAAUCGGAGAUCAGGGAGGUUAUCAAUAAAGUUGAAGAUGUCUUGGAGAACACGGAGUGUUCGUAUUACGAAAGGCACGGCAGUGGGAGCGAGGAUGGGAGAAGCGAUUCGAUAUCGGCCAACGAAGUUGCGGAAUAUUUGGAGAAGGUCUCCAUCGAGAUGGCAAACGAGGUCAAAUCCGAAAUACGCGACGUUGUAAGUGCCGUGGAUGUCUUCAUAACGCCCGAAAUUCAAGAGAGAGGUUCGUUUUCGAGGGCUUCGAGUUCCGGCGAUGAAAAGAACGGCGCCGUGCAAAUAUACACGCCCGGUUCAAGCUCCGAGACGGUGGUGAACCUCAUCAAUAAGUCUUCUAGCUCCACCAAGUUGCACGAAGACAAAAAUCAUAAACACGUAGUUUCAACUGUGGCAAGCGUGAGCUCUCAAGAUAGCGGCAUCAAUCUUUCCUUCCACGAUCCCGACAAUCAAAACGAUCAAGCUAAAUCUAGAAGCAACUCUGAGUCUUUGGGAGUGCAUAGAAAGUCCGACUCGGAAAUUAAGUUGAUAAGGCCUAAACCCGUUAUGUUCAGAGAGCUCUCAGAGGACAACUCGAGCAUGGAAAAGACCUCCAAGUGGUUGUGCCCACAAAAAACAAUUUGGCAACCCACUGUGGAGUCCAUCCAAGAGUACGAAAUGAUCAAGGAUGGUGAUAAAGUUAUGGUAUGUCUUUCCGGAGGUAAAGAUUCUUUAACUCUUUUGCAUACUUUGUUACAAUAUCAAAAUUAUAUACAAAGUAAAGGCAUACUAUUCAGCCUUGGAGCUGUAACAGUGGAUCCCGAGGAUUCAGGAUGUGACCCUUGUACUUUGAUUCCACACUUGAGGCGACUUGGUGUUCAUUAUAUCAUCGAUGAUAAAAAGAGCAUGUCAGAAAGUUCAUCAGAUAAAAGUGAUGAUGUCAAAGAAAACAUAAACUCUUUUUGUACUUCCCAUCUAAGACAGCGACUAUAUAACUCGGCCAAAAGCUCUGGAUAUAACGUUCUAGCUAUAGCCCAACAUUUUGACGAUUUAUGUGAGAGUUUUCUACUAUCCGUGUUCCAUAAUGGCAAAUUAAGAACGAUGAGGGCACAUUAUUAUGUCAGGGAGCACGACUUGAGAGUCAUAAGACCUUUUGUUUACGUUCGCGAAAAGGCCAUAAGGCAGUUCGUUUCCAACCACAAUCUUCCAUUGUCUAACAACGCGACCUGUUCGAACUUAUCGAAAGAGCGCCAGAGAAUAAAACAAUUACUUACUCAGCAAGAAAUUUUGUUCCCGAAAUUAUUUACGAGCCUUAGAUCGGCGCUACACAAACUAAUUGGCUUCCAUGUUGAAGAGGUAGAAAUAAAAUCCCGAAAAAAAAAUUCUUCGAAGGAAAGUGACGAUUCGAGCGACGAAACCGACGAAGAACCGUAUUUGAAAAUGGAAUGAAAUUGUCGAUGCUUAAAAUUGAAUGUACAAAUAUAAUUGCGUGAUAUUUAAAUUUUUACUUCUUUUGGCGAUAUGAAUAGUAGAGCGUUCAGAUCUUGCAUUUGAUUUUCGGAUGUCAAAUGAAGUUGCGGAAAUUUCGGUGUAAGAGAUGCUGCCAUUUUAAUAAAAAAAAUUACGUUUUGAGCUCAUUUAAGCCUGACUUGAUGGGUCGCACCAUGAGGUUUAAAAAAACAAAAGGCGAUCGAAGUAAAAAUAGACAUAUAAUGCGACCCAUCAAGUAAGGGUGGAAUUGACCAGAUAAUACGAUGGUGAAGUCAAAAUUUUAAAAUUGAUUGUGAUGGUGGUAAUCUCGAAAUUAUUUUUAUCUACUUAUUUGAUAAGUAUUAUUGUGAUGGCCCGCGGGGUUUUAUUUCUAUAAAUCUCAUUUAAUUCGACUAAUUAAACUACAUAAAAUUUCCAUUAAAUUAAAUGGGAUGGAUUUGUUGACUGAUUUAUUUUUCGUUUUUUGUUCGUUACGUAUUUUAGCUAUAGCGUAGCUUGCGAUUAGGUUGCAUUUUUUUGAAUAUUUAUAUGUGAAAAAUUUUGUUAUAAAAGGAAUGAACAGUUAUUAUAUUAUAUAUAAGUAUAAAUCUUCCCAUAGGGUUUGUGAUGAUUCAAAAUAUAUUAUUGUUAUCAUAUUUAAGAUAUAUUUAAUAUUUGUUAACAAUAAUGCAAAUGUAUUUUAUUUCCUACCAUGUAAUAAAAUAUUAUUAUAA